AUGUCGUGGGGAUUGGGGUGGAAGAGAUCGUCGGAGAGUUUCCGUCUGAGUCUCUGUUACGGCCUGGAUGAUCUAAACGACGAUCCGAUCCAGACGCCGUCGGCGUCUCCGAUGGGAUCUCCAUCAUCGGUUUCAUCUACGUCGUCUUCUCCGUCCGCGGUGGAGGAUCCGGAAUUAGGUUUCCGGAUAGAUUUGGAUUGGACUGCCGGCGAUUCGGAGGAACAGGUGGCGUUGAGACUGGAGUCGCAGCUGAUGGUGGCUCUGCCUGCGCCGCAUGACACUGUGGUGGUCGAAUUGAGUGGCGAUGAAAGUGGAGAGAAUGUUGGAUUGAAGAUGAGAGUUGAGAAACGGAGAGAGCCAUUGCGAGCGGUUACAUUGAUGAAAGCGGCUGGCUCCGGUCAGCAAUACGACGGCGUAGGCGUCUUAACAAGGCUGAUGCGUUCUGAUAUGAUGCCUGCGGCUAUUCCUGCGCCGGUUAUCGACGUCGCUUCUUCCUGUGGCGAACACUGGAAGACUGUGACCUCGCUAAGCCUAUCUGGUUGUGGUUUACUGGUAAUGCCAGUUGAAGUGACUGAGUUGCCUCUUCUUGAGAAGCUAUGCCUUGAGAACAAUAAAUUGUCAGUUUUGCCACCUGAGCUAGGAAAGCUGAAGAACCUCAAAGUUCUUAGAGUUGACAACAACAUGCUUAUAUCUGUUCCAGUGGAACUAAGACAGUGCGUAGGUCUUGUUGAAUUGUCACUGGAACACAAUAAACUCGUCCGGCCUCUUCUUGAUUUCAGGGCGAUGGCUGGGCUACGAAUACUACGGCUUUUUGGUAAUCCCCUUGAAUUCUUACCAGAAAUUUUACCCUUGCAUCAGCUUCGCCACUUGUCUCUUGUAAAUAUAAGGAUUGUGGCUGAUGAGAAUCUAAGAUCAGUAAACGUACAGAUAGAGACAGAAAACACUUCUUAUUUUGGGGCAUCUAGGCACAAGCUAAGUGCCUUCUCUCCCCUUAUAUUCCGUUCUUCGUCUUGUCAUCAUCCUCUUCUAGCAUCGACAUUGGUGAAGAUAAUGCAAGAUGAAGGAAAUCGUUCUGUUAUUGGGAAAGAUGAAAAUGCAGUGAGGCAGCUCAUAAGUAUGAUAACUAGUGACAAUCGCCACGUGGUUGAGCAAGCAUGUGUUGCUUUAUCAUCUCUUGCUCGAGAAGUUGGCGUAGCAAUGCAGCUGAUGAAGUGUGAUAUAAUGAAGCCAACUGAAACUGUUCUGAAAUCUGCGGCCCCAGACGAAGUGAUAUCUGUGCUACAAGUCGUGGUCACCUUAGCUUUUGUAUCUGAUUCCGUUUCUCAGAAGAUGCUCACCAAGGAUAUGCUAAAAGCCUUAAAAUCCUUGUGUGCCCAUAAAAAUCCUGAAGUUCAAAGACAAGCCUUAUUAGCAGUUGGGAACUUGGCCUUCUGUUUGGAAAAUCGUCGUAUUCUGAUUACUUCAGAGAGUUUGAGGGAGUUAUUGAUGCGGUUGACUGUCACACCUGAACCACGAGUCAAUAAAGCUGCGGCUCGAGCUUUGGCAAUUCUUGGAGAAAAUGAUAUUCUGCGACGCUCCAUAAAAGGCAGGCAAGUACCAAAACAAGGACUGCGAAUACUCACAAUGGAUGGAGGUGGAAUGAAAGGUCUUGCAACGGUGCAGAUUCUUAAAGAGAUUGAGAAGGGAAGUGGCAAGCGUAUACAUGAACUAUUUGACCUUAUAUGUGGCACAUCAACAGGAGGAAUGCUUGCCAUUGCCCUUGGUGUCAAGCUUAUGACACUGGAGCAAUGUGAAGAAAUUUACAAGAAUCUAGGAAAGCUUGUGUUUGCUGAACCUGUCCCAAAGGACAAUGAAGCUGCAAGUUGGCGGGAAAAGUUGGAUCAGCUAUAUAAAAGUUCAUCGCAAAGUUUCAGAGUUGUUAUCCAUGGAUCCAAGCAUAGUGCAGACGAGUUCGAGAGACUAUUAAAGGAGAUGUGUGCUGAUGAGGAUGGAGAUCUACUAAUAGAAUCAGCUGUGAAGAAUGUUCCAAAAGUCUUUGUCGUAUCUACUCUUGUUAGUGUGAUGCCUGCGCAGCCAUUUAUAUUCCGGAACUACCAGUAUUCUGUUGGAACACCGGAAAUGUCAUAUGCAUUUUCAGAUCAUUCAGGCGGCAGUACAUUAACUUCAUCAACUGCCAGUGAUCAAGCUGGCUACUACAAGCAAAGUGCUUUUAUGGGAAGCUGUAAGCAUCAGGUUUGGCAAGCAAUACGAGCAUCCUCAGCUGCGCCGUAUUACCUUGAUGAUUUUUCAGUCGAUUCAUACCGUUGGCAAGAUGGUGCAAUAGUGGCAAACAAUCCUACAAUCUUUGCCAUCAGAGAAGCACAACUUCUGUGGCCUGACACAAAAAUUGACUGCUUGGUUUCUAUUGGCUCUGGAUCUGUACCAACAAGGGUACGGAAAGGCGGAUGGCGUUAUUUAGAUACUGGGCAGGUAUUGAUAGAGAGUGCAUGCUCAGUGGAACGGGUUGAAGAAGCUCUAAGCACAUUGCUCCCUUUGUUGCCAGAGAUACAAUACUUUCGGUUCAACCCAGUUGAUGAUCGCUGUGGAAUGGAAUUGGAUGAGACUGAUCCAGCGAUCUGGUUAAAAUUGGAAGCUGCAAUCGAUGAAUACAUACAAAGCAAUUCCCAAGUAUUGAAAAAUGCCUGCGAGAGAUUAACACUCCCCUUCCUAAACGAUGAGAAAUGGUGUGAGAACUUGAAACCACGGUUUAUGAAUGGAAAGCUACCAGACACCAGAGUAGAGAGCAGUCCUUCUUUAGGAUGGAGACGCAAUGUUUUGCUUGUGGAGGCUCAGCAUAGUCCUGACUCAGGGAGAGUGAAGCAUCAUGCUCGUGCACUUGAGUCAUUCUGUUCGAAUAAUGGAAUAAAGUUAUCUUCAUUGCAUGCUACUCCUGGAGGCCCGAAACCAUCUCCAGGAACUGCUUUCCCCACACCAUUUACCUCUCCUCUAAUAAGCGGUAGCUUGCCUUCGAGCCCUCUUCUCUUCACUCCUGAUCAUGGCCCACAAAAGUUCAAUAGAAUUGACAUGGUUCCACCACUUAGCUUGGACGGUCAUGCUGGAAAGACGGUUAUGUCGCCUCCAUCAUCUCCUCCACGGCAAAGACAACUCUAUCUUCCACUACGACAAAUGCAUGAAAAGUUACAGAAUUUGCCUCAAGUAGGGAUCAUACAUCUCGCGCUUCAGAAUGAUUCUAAUGGUUCGAUACUGAGCUGGCAAAAUGAUGUAUUUGUGGUUGCUGAACCUGGAGAGCUCGCUGAUAAGUUUCUCCAGAGCGUCAAAUUCAGUAUACUAUCAGUCAUGCAAAGCAAUCGCAGAAAGGCUGCAGCGAUACUUUCCAACAUCUGCUCAAUCUCGGAUCUGGUUCGUAGCAAGAAAUGCUUCCAGGUUGGGAAUAUCAUCCACCGUUACAUCGGACGCCAAACCCAAGUGAUGGAAGAUGAUCAAGAAAUCGCAGCAUUUAUGUUCCGCAGAACUGUCCCUUCGACACACCUAACUCCUGAUGACAUUCGCUGGAUGGUAGGAGCAUGGAGAGACAGGAUAAUACUAUUCUCAGGAACAUUUGGACCAACACAAGCUGUAGUGAAAGCCUUUUUAGACUCUGGUGCCAAAGCUGUGAUUGGUCCUUCGACCGAACCGCAAGAGACACCGUUAAUCACAUCCCAGGGUUCAUCUGAAUACAACAUCGGAGAGAACGGUAAGUUUGAAAUCGGAGGAGAAGAAGACGAUGAAGAAGAAGAAGAGGAAGCGGAAAGGGAACAGACCGAGCCACCGACACCGACAAGUGACUGGGAAGAUAGUGAUGAUCAUGAGAAGAUGAACAGAGACGAGAACAAGUGUUGUGGACUUUGGGAUGAUGAAGAAGAGGAAGUGUCUGAGUUUGUUUGUCAGUUAUAUGAUCAGUUGUUCAGAGAGAAUUCAAGAGUUGAUGUUGCUCUUCAAAAAGCUCUUGCCUCUCAUCGUAAGCUCAGGUACACUUGUCAUCUUCCCAAUGUAUAG